UUCAUUUGCUCGCCACUCAGUCGCAACUCGAGCCGUGCACGGCAAACAUGUCGUUGUCGUUGUCGGAGUAACUUUCAACGCUCAACUUGCAGUCGAAUUUUAGUGCGAUGGGCUUGCGGGAAACUCUGCGACAACUGCGCCCUGGCAGUCCAUCGCGUGGCAAGUGCAGCAUCGAGCUGCAGCGACGCAGCAGCAGCAGCGGUGGCAACAAAGCUCAGCCUGGUCAGGUGCAACCUCAUCCCAAUCCUCAUGCAACACAGCCACAGGUCACAGAGCAGUCGCUGCAAGUUUGGCGCUCGCUGCCAGCCGAGAUUCGUCAUGAUCCGAGCAUGGCCAGCUUUCAAAUGGAGAACGAACGCAUACACGGCUCAACGGCAGCCAACAGCGAGGCGGGUGAAGAGCCGCCCAACGAUGAUGACGAUGUUGAUGAUAAUGAGGACGUUGAGCCGCCAAGUCAUUUACAAGAGAUGAAGGACGGACGCGCCUCCAGCUAUGCGGGCUCUGACUUUCUGGACAUCAAGUUGAGACCCUCGGGCGAGGGUGACAAAAGCACCGAUGAUGAGGCAACCACAACGCACUCGGAGCACGAGCCACAUGCCAAUGGACCAGGGAAUGCAAAGUCGCUGGCUCGACGCACGCAUCACAAAUCGAAACGCUCCAAGGAGCAGCUGCAACGCGACAAACUGUGGAAGCGUUGCGGACUGCUCUUCUUCUGGGGUCUGGCGGCAACUGUGUUGAUCACAGUGGGCGAGAAGCAUCUGCUGGAGAAGAUCAUCGAGGUGCCGCAGGGCGAGCAGGGCAAAUUUUUCAAGCUGGAACAGAAGCCCACGGGAGACUUUCGACUGCAGCUGCAAGGCGCUUUUGAGGGUAGCUCAACUGUGUUGCUGAAGAGCGCUGAGCAGGAGAAUGAAACUGCAAUCUACAACUAUUUCUUUGUGCAGCCGCAAAUUGCGGUGCUAGACAAGAAUCAAAGUCAAGAGUUCAAGGACAUUCUGGAGCCUUGGCAGCUGUUGCUCGUUGCUGAAACAGAGCUGAACAACGCCUCCGCUGUGUCCAAGAAUCACACCUAUCACCUGACCAGCGAACUCAAGGAGUUGCUUGCUCGCAAGGACAGCUUAAUGCGUCUGCAUAUCUACAGCGAUGUUGCCCAGGAUUUGGCCAUUGAACUGUGCUACAAUCCUCUGAUAGUGAACACACGCACAGGCAGCAUUCUGGCCGGGAUUAUACUGCUCAUCUUCUAUGGUCUGCUGAUCUGGGAGCAGCUGGAACGUCCCUUUGUGGCCAUGAUCUGCUCGGUGCUCUCGGUUACCGCCUUGGCGGUGUUUCACGAUCGUCCCAACAUGGAGGAGAUUAAACAGUGGAUGGACAUGGAGUUGCUCACUCUGCUCUUCUGUAUGAUGAUCCUCAUACUCAUCUUAACCGAGACGGGCGUCUUUGAUUACUUGGCUGUCAUUUGCUUCGAGAUCUCGGGCGGCAAAAUCUGGCCCAUGAUCUACAGCUUGUGCUUGACCACUUGCUUGGUGUCCAGUGUGCUGGACAACAUGACCACGGUGCUGCUGCUGACCCCAGUGGCCAUUCGUCUGUGCGAGGUGAUGCAGCUGGAUCCCAUUCCUGUGGUCAUGGGCAUCAUUGUGCACGCUAAUAUUGGCGGUGCUUUGACACCAAUCGGAGAUCCCAUCAGCAUCAUCAUUAGCUCCAAUCAUCUGAUAGUGGAAAGCGGCGUCAACUUUCUCAAAUUUGUGGCACACAUGCUGCCUGGAGUGCUGUUGGCCCUGCUCCAGAGCUGCCUCUACUUGCGUUUGAGCUAUCGCAACAUUGAUGCACUGCGUCUCAAUGAGCCCAAGCAACUGCGUGAGCUGCGACGCGAGAUCAAAGUGUGGCAGCGUGCAUUGAAUGCGAUUGCCAGCUGUUCCAAGGAUGCGCAGCUGGUGCGUGGCACGUUGCAAGGACGCGUCAAGCAGCUGAAGCGAGCGUUGCGUCGUCAGGAACGUGGCGUUGGCUCCACAGAGAUUUACACCAACACGCUGGAUGAGCUGAAGCAGAAGUAUCCCAUCAAGAACAAACAGUUGCUGUUGCAGUCAGCUGGCACUUUGCUCUUUGUCAUCGUCUGUUUCUUCAUUCAGUCCGUGCCACAUUGGCGCACUUUGCCCCUCGGUUGGGUCGCUUUGCUGGGCGUUAUCCUGCUGCUGAUUGUGCUCAAUCGCGAGGAUAUGGAGCACUUGAUACAUCGCAUCGAGUGGACAACGCUGCUCUUCUUCGCCGCCAUGUUUGUGAUGAUGGAGUGCGUGGAGCGUCUCGGAUUGCUCGUCAGCAUUGGCGAACUCACAGAGCAUGUGAUUCUCUCGGUGGAUAAGCAUCACAGACUCACUGUGGCCAUCUUCAUGAUACUGUGGACAUCGGCGUUGGCUUCGUCGGUGCUCGACAGCAUUCCAGUGACUGCCAUGAUGGUCAAGCUGGUCACUUCGCUGGUAGCUAAGCCUUCGUUGGGUCUGCCCCUCCAGCCUCUGGUUUGGGCCUUGACUUUGGGCGCCUCCUUUGGUGGCAAUGGCACCUUGUAUGGCGCCUCGGCGAAUGUGAUUGCUGCGGGCAUUGCCGAGCAGCAUGGCUACAAAUUAUCCUUUACACGUUACCUUAAGACGGGGCUGCCCAUGAUGCUGGCUCAAGUCACUCUGAUGACGGCCUAUCUAAUGCUCGCCCAUGUGGUGUUUAGCUGGGAUUGAACCCACUUGAACUUUAUUUAUCAGUAAUUUAUAAUGAUUGAAAGUAAACGAUGGAUUUCUAACUACAAGUAUCAAUUUAUCUGAGUAUUCGAUGGUAUUCUUAAGACUUUUUUUCGGAAUUUGUCCCUCUCAAUGUGUUGAACCCUAAACUAAACUUGUUGGUUUGUGAUUUUAAAUAAAGGAAUUACUUUAAAUAUA